GAAAACAAUCGGGAAAGAACCAGAUUUCACUCCAAUCUGCACCAAUGAAACAUCAAAUAUCAUCAUGCUGAUAGUUUGCAAGAUCAGAACAGAGAGGAGCAGCGGAGAGGAGUGCAGACUGCUGUAUAAAGAUGAAGGUGACUUUACUAAUGAGUGCGACUCCAGGUUCACCCUUAAAACAAGGAACCAAACUGUGUUUCUACACCUGACCAGUUUGACACCUGCAGACAAUGGGAACUACUCCUGUGAGUGUUCAAAAGCUGAAGGAACGUAUAUUCUCUAUCUCAACAUCACAGUUAAUGACUCUGUUCCUGAUGAUAAUCCGGCAGAUGAAGCUUGGAGCCAUUCUCCAGGAGUGACCCUUCCUUCUGCAUUGACUGCUGCUGUUCUCCUCAUCAUCAUAGUUUCAGUUAUUGUGGGAUUUAUCUGCAGGAGACAUCCAGAGAGUGCCCGUUUAAGACCUGAAAUAUUUGGAUCAGCUGUACAUGGAUCUGUCCCCACUGUAGAUGGAAAUAACUCAGAUGAACUGUACAAAAGUCUCCAGCUGCGGACAAGCGAUCUCUACCAAACUGUCUCCUCUGUUCACUGGAAGCAUGAAACUGAAACAAACGCAUUUAACAACAAAGGAAAUGUUAACCUGGAAAAUCUGGAAGUUAACUAUGAAGUUAAUUAUGAAAUCUAUGAAAAUUGUUGAAUGAAAAAUCUGUCAAAUUGAACAAAGUUUGAUAAACAUUAGGCUGAGUUUCCUUGUGUUG